GGUUUAUUUAGUGUUUAUUGCGUUUAAAGCGACGCGAAACGUUUCAAGCGUUUAGAAGGCUGUUAAAAACACGGAGGUCUCGGAUGAAGCGCGGUGUUUUAGUGAAGAAGACGCGGACUGCCGCACGAUGAAGCGCUUCAGUGUUUUGAGGCCUGUUUUCAUCAAGAGUGAAGCAAAAAACAGGAUUGUUAAAUAGUUAAAGGCUUAUUACUUUGUUUCUUACUGAAGCUGCAUUUUCUGUUUUAGUCCAGAUCCGGACCUCGUGUCUCAGCAGAGAUCCUGAGCGAGAAGAAGAGGCCAGCGAGCCGGAUCAGAGCUGGCCUGACGAGACAUGGAGGUCGUCCGGGUGGUGAUCGGGGACCUGACUGAUCCACAGCCGUUCAAGAUCCUGAAGGAUGACCCCGAGGAGCACAGAGACGUGAUGGAGGUGAAGGAGGAGAGCGUGAACGAGGACGAGGAGAAGCGUCCGCUCGAGGAACCUCCCGCGGUCACCACCAGGUCGCCGAGCGGCUCGCAGACCCCGAGGAAAGCGGCGCUGGUCUGCCCUCACUGCGGAAAGACUUUCAAGCAGAGAGGACACCUGGACGAUCACAUAAGGACUCACACGGGAGAGAAGCCCUACGCCUGCCUUCAGUGCGGGAAGAGCUUCACUCACAAGGGCAACCUGAAGGACCACAUGAGGAUCCACUCCGGAGAGAGACGCUUCUCCUGCCAGCAGUGCGGGAAGAGGUUCACGCAUAAAGCCAACCUCACGGAUCACAUCCGCAUCCACACGGGAGAGAAGCCCUUCGGCUGCGAGCAGUGCGGGAAGAGCUUCACGCACGCCACGAGCCUCAAGACUCACCUGCUGUCUCACUCCGGAGAGCGGCCCUUCAGCUGCGAGCAGUGCGGCCAGAAGUUCAUCCUCGCGGCGCACCUGAAGAGACACCUGAGGAUCCACACCAACGAGAGGCCCUACGUCUGCUCCUUCUGCGGCAAGAGCUUCCUGUGGCUCUGCUACUUCAAGGACCACCAGAAGAAGCACACGGGCGUGAAGGCGCACGUCUGCUCCGAGUGCGGCAGCGCCUUCACCAGAGCCAGCGAGCUGAAGAUGCACCAGAGGACGCACACCGGAGAGAAGCCCUACAGCUGCUCGUACUGCGCCAAGAGCUUCGCCGAGUCCGGGAACCUGAAGAAGCACCAGCGGGUGCACACCGGAGAGAAGCCCUACCAGUGCCCCUCGUGCGGCGGCAGCUUCAGCCAGUUCAGCCACCUGCUGAGACACUUGAAGCAGCAGAGCUGUCCGAAGCUGAGCCGCUUCAUCUUCAGGCCCCCGGAGCAGCAGAGCUCCACCUCGGCCGCGGAGCUGGCCGCCGACUCCAAGGGAGCGUUUCUGCCCGAAUAGACAAGAGAGAGGUCGCCCGGGGUCAGCAUCAGGAGCAUCGGUGUGUGGGAAUCUUUCCAAAAUGGGUGGGAUGAAAGUAAAGAUGGUUUCGACCGUAAAUAUGUACACCUGAUUUUGAUUAGUCAUAUGCAUUGCUAAGAACUUUUUUUUUUCUUGAUUUUUAUCACUUUAAAUUUUUUUUUUUUUUGCUCAAAUAGUUGUUAAAUAUUGUCCCACACUGUAAAGAAAGUAAAGUUGGGAAAUCUUAAAAGUUUAAGUUGAGCAGCUUCAUGAGAUCUUUGUUUUCGGUUUAGACCACACAGCUCCUGAAGCCGGUCGCCUUAAACUUUUAACAUUUCUAUUUUUUGUUUUACAGCGUAUUCUGAGAAAACCAUUCAUCAUUGGAAAGCUUAUUUAUUCAGAAUGUAUGAAGCUGAAUUUGACGGGUUUGUGUUUUAUCUAAGCUGGUGUUAUUGAUGGAGAUGUCCACGUCGUGUUUUAAACACUCGAGUGAUGAAGGAUGAAGAUCAGUUGGUUGUUCCUCAUGUUUUAGAGUCUUUUGUUGGUACAAAAAUUAAACUUUUGUCAUCUCUCUCAAACCACUUUCCUUCUUCCCGCUGAACACAAAAGGAGAUAUUUCACCUUAUGUCCAAGCCACUCUUUUCCAUUAGCUAUGUUUCCGUCUAAAGCUGCUGAUGGAAUAUCCCACAAAACAUUUACUAAUAAAUCAAAGAGAGAACGAAAUCACUGCUGAGAGCGAGCAGAUAAAGCUCAUGUAAUGACAGGCGUUGCUCGUAACAACAUUUUUGAUGCACACCGUGGAGGGAUUCAUUCACAAAAUGCAUCUCGUUUCACAUUAAACACGUGAAAGCAGAUCAGAAACCGUCUCAAGUGAGAACUACCUCACCUUUUCUCAAAAUAUGACGUUACCUCAGAAUGCACAUUAAAACACAGCUCUUCAAACGGAGCAGUAACUCUGACAAAGCUUUAAAAAGGACAGAACGUACGUUAGGUGGAGAUUUGUCUUCAGCUCUAGAAGGAGAGUUUAGAGGGACGUCGGACACCUUUGAGUCGGUCACAGAGAGAUGACGAGACCUUCAGUCAAACCCACGAGUCCUUGGUCUUCUCCGCUCCGGACGAACGUCUUCAGACGUCUUUAAUGCUUGUUCACUCUCGUGGAUCUUCCUGGUUUCAGUCAAGCUUUGCACUGCUAGCUUUCACUCGUCUCACGUUACAUAUUUAAUAAACUGUCCCACUAAUUAAAUCCUGUGCUGAGACAAAAUACACCACGAAAUGAAAUGUUUUUGUAUAGAUACGAACCACAUUGAGAACAGCGCUGUUUCUGAUCUGAUGCUGUCCAGCCUCUCAACAUCUAAUAAACCACAAGCUUGGAGCGGACUCUUUUUGUUGUUGUUUUAACUCAAAAUGGGUUGGAAAUUACAAAAUAAUCAGCAAGUGAAAAAUUAAGAAAAUAAAACUAGCCUGCAUGUGAA